CUGAAAGCUGAUGUGGUUCCAAAGACAGCAGAAAACUUUAGAGCUCUUUGUACUGGUGAAAAAGGAUUUGGGUAUAAAGGAUCCACUUUUCACAGAGUGAUUCCUUCAUUUAUGUGCCAGGGUGGUGACUUUACAAAUCAUAAUGGAACCGGUGGAAAAUCCAUUUAUGGCAGUAGAUUUCCGGAUGAAAAUUUCAUACUUAAGCACACAGGACCUGGUGUUCUUUCAAUGGCCAAUGCGGGACCCAACACAAAUGGAUCUCAGUUCUUCAUUUGCACUGCAAAAACUGACUGGCUAGAUGGAAAACACGUUGUUUUUGGGCAUGUAAAGGAAGGAAUGGAUGUUGUGAAAAAAAUUGAGAGCUUUGGUUCCAAGAGUGGAAGGCCCUCCAAAAAGAUUGUCAUUACUGACUGUGGCCAGCUGUCCUAGCCUUUUGCCCUGCCAUUCAGGACAACUUUGAUGCUGUGAAAAAUGAAUGACAAAAAAACCCCAAACAUUUCUGAUCCUAUGAGUAGCACCUGUGGAGCUGUAUUUUUUACUUAACUUGGUCCAGCUUUUUAUACUUAGAGUGAAAAAUAUUGAUUAAGAGCACAAAAC